UUCUACAAGUCCUCACAGCAGAAUAGUAGAACGUAAAGUACGAUUUAAAACACAUACAAAACUUUAUUUUUUGUCAAUUUAUCAGCAAUCGCUUUAAGUUAAUUGCUCCUUUCUGCAUCAACAACCCAAAUCGGAUUCAUUUUUCACACAUAUCUCAUUGUAUGUAGAACAACCAAGUGAAAUGCCACGGAACGAUAGCAACAGGCGUCAGUCAACAUUGUGUAGUGUAGGAAAAGUAAACGAUUGGAAAAUCACAAGAAAAACCAAAACACAGAGAGCACGAGCGUUUCGUUACGUUCCGUUCGUCCACUCACAGCUCUGCCAGUAGCGUAGUAGAUGGGAAAAAUAUCCGGAGAGAAUAGCGAAAGUUUCUCCCGAACUAUAUAACGGCUCAGGAACCGCCAAACGAUGAUUAUUUUACGUUCAGGCAUCGGUUGGAUUAAGUCGUGCUAUGCGUACGGCAUUCGGGUGAAGGAAGUAAAUACCGCAUGUUGUGAAUAACCGCGUUUUCACGCUCCGAUACGGCAGUGGCAAGGUGAAGGAAGUGCAAUAAUCGAAUUGGGUGUUACGAGUGUAAAUUUAAUCAUCCUCAUCCCUCGGCCCGUUUCGACGGUUGUCACGAUGGGUUCAAGUUCGUUCGCGACGUGUUGCAUUGAUAGCCGAUUCAUCGUACCUUUCGUGUAGCAGUAGGAGGAAAAAAAAAUCAAACAUUACCAGUCAGGAACAGAUCAACUCUAACUACACAACGUCGCUCAGGAUUCACAUGGUCUUUUUCGGAAAAUGAUACUGAUUGGUCGGACACAGGAUGAACGCCUUCUUCAUUAGGAAGCAAUGGCAAUAGCAAAAGUUCGUGCAAAUAACAAAACAUCUGCUACUAAUUGAAUCCUAAAUCCUCUGCUCAUGUUUGCAUACAUUCAAACUGAUAUUGAAACGAAGUCCAGGAGCCAAACCAAUUAAUAAAAUACCCCUGCAGUGUUUGUUAAAUUGUAUGCACACAAUAAUACUUUACUGGCCCAUCAUUUAAGCAUGAACGAAGAGUGCAAGCGUAGAGUACCAAGUGUGAAAAUCGUUUCUGUCGGUAACGUGCCAGUGUAAACAUACGCUUCCAUUACGGGUGAUGGCCGAAAAUAAUUGUAAUUCAUGAUCCAGACGACAAGACUUAUUUACUUCCCGGGCGUGGAGUAUCCAGUCGAGAGUCAGUAAAUGAGUAUUAAUCGAUUGUUUAACCACUAAAUAUCGGAAAAGCUUCGGGAAAACUUAGCCCACCACCGGCAGCAUUGUCGUUGCCGACAAAACCGAGGCUUAUUGGAAAAGUUCCUGACCUACGAACACAGCCAACAUUCCAUGGUUUCUCCUGUUGGGGCUUCGUUGUUACUUCCCGACAAGAGAAGAGUGCAGCCCGUCGAGUCAUUAGGUUAAUCGUGACACCCAUUAUGAACACCACAUCGCCGAAAUCGUCGCUGGUAAAGCUGGGACUACAUUCCAAAACAAAACCCUUCCGGGUCAUGGUUCUGGGACAAAGCGGAGUGGGGAAAACCGCGAUGGUGGUUCGAUUCAUUACCAAGCGUUACAUCGGCGAAUACGAUCCCAAUCUGGAGAAGGUAUAUUCCUUUCAUACCUUGGUAGACAGCGAACUCGUUCAGUUCGAAAUACUGGACGCUGCGGGACAGCCCAAUGAAACCGACUGCAUGACCCUGGAAGCGAAUAUCCGGUGGGCGGAAGCGUUCAUCCUGAUGUACUCGGUGGCAGAUAAAUGUAGCUUCGACGAAUGCAACCGACUGAAAUUUCUGAUCAACUACAACAAACGACGGCGCCGGUUAGGUUCCUACAGUAAGGACACUUUACUGGAUGUCCCGGUGAUAUUAGUUGGCAACAAAAUCGAUCAGAUUGGCGACCGGAUGGUUUCGACGGAGGAAGGUCAGCGUCGGGCAAAGGAAAUAUCCUGUGCCUGUUUCCAUGAAAUAUCCGUUCGCGAAAGCAUCGAUCAGGUGAGCGGAGUUUUCCGAGAUGCAUGUCGCUUCUGGCGAGUGCUGAACCGCUACCCGAAGCUGAAACGAUCGACUAGCGACGUACACGAUUUGCACUCGGAGGUCGAACUGAUUCUCAGUCCGGACAGUAUUCUGCCGUUUUGUAACUGUGAUUUGAGUCACGAAAAACGCCGGUCGAUAUUUAUCUUGGGCCGCCCAUGGACCGAAGAGGAACCAGACGAAACAGACGAAUCGGAAUCUAGCUGCUGCUCUUCGCAAAAAUCCGAUGUCGAAGAACCAUUCCGAGGCCGGGCGUCCACCGAUGGAACACUCCUGUCUAGACCACGCCGUUGGCGAUAUACUCCGCCUGGAUCGUUGCUACCUCACUCGCGAGUCGAACGACGCAUGAGCAUAUCGAUGAGGGGCAGCAAUGCCAGUUACUAAACGAGUUAAUUAUUACGUCACACUCAUAGAUUUAACAUUUUCGAAAUGACAAUAUUGUGAUUGUUUCAAUGUUAACGCUGCUGUGCUUUACCGAGAGAUACCACAUAUUGCAGAGAGAUUUAUCGUAAACUUCUGAUACAUUAUAACCGUUUUACUGUAGCAUUGUUAUAUGAAAAGGCCUACGUACAAUACAGAGUGAAAUCCAAAAUAUACAAACCGAU